AUGGAGAUUCCCCUAGAGCGUGCCGUGAUGGAGAAGAAACCUGUCCCUGAGAUCGAUUUUACCCUGCAUACGAUGGAGGAUAAUACCACAGUCAGCACGCAGGAAAGAGUCUGCAAAGACGUCCAAGCACCUGCGGUGCAACCACCCACCGACCAACAGUUCUGGUCGCCUCAGGACCAUUCCAAGCCGAAUCUCCAGUUUCUGAAGCAGCAUUUCUGCCGAGAAGGCCGUCUCACUGAAGAUCAGGCGAUGUGGAUCAUCAAGAACGGCACAGAAGUUCUGAGAGCAGAGCCGAAUUUGCUUGAAAUGGAUGCUCCAAUCACUGUGUGUGGUGACGUUCAUGGUCAAUAUUUUGACUUGAUGAAGCUUUUCGAGGUUGGCGGAGAUCCAUCAGAGACGAGAUAUCUUUUCCUUGGUGACUAUGUCGACAGGGGAUAUUUCAGCAUAGAGUGCGUUCUGUACCUCUGGUCACUCAAGAUCUGGUAUCCAAAUACCCUUUGGCUGCUACGCGGCAAUCACGAAUGUCGCCAUCUGACAGACUAUUUCACCUUCAAGCUCGAAUGCAAGCACAAAUAUUCGGAAAAGAUCUAUGAUGCGUGUAUGGAGUCGUUCUGCGCCUUGCCACUGGCUGCGAUCAUGAACAAGCAAUUCCUCUGUAUCCACGGUGGUCUUAGCCCCGAAUUACACACGCUGGAAGAUCUCAAGAAUAUCGAUCGUUUCAAAGAGCCUCCGACGCACGGGUUAAUGUGUGAUAUCCUCUGGGCCGACCCACUGGAAGAAUUUGGUCAGGAGAAGACGGGAGAGUAUUUCGUCCACAAUCAUGUUCGUGGUUGUUCCUAUUUCUUCUCCUAUCCUGCAGCAUGUGCCUUCCUUGAGAAGAAUAAUCUGCUCUCGAUCAUUCGAGCACACGAGGCUCAAGAUGCAGGUUAUCGUAUGUAUCGCAAGACGAGAACGACAGGAUUUCCCAGUGUCAUGACCAUCUUCAGCGCUCCCAACUACCUUGACGUUUAUAACAACAAGGCCGCAGUUCUCAAGUACGAGAACAACGUGAUGAACAUCCGACAGUUUAAUUGCACGCCCCAUCCCUACUGGUUACCAAAUUUCAUGGACGUCUUCACCUGGUCAUUGCCUUUCGUUGGAGAGAAGAUCACCGACAUGUUGAUUGCCAUCCUCAACACUUGCUCCAAGGAAGAGCUUGAAGAUGACACUACCCCAUUAUCGAGCGGUCCAGCGUCGCCUGCGCUCAACAUGGACCCCGAGUCAACCGAGUACAAGCGUCGCGCGAUCAAAAACAAAAUUUUGGCAAUUGGUCGGCUGUCAAGGGUGUUCCAGGUCUUGCGGGAAGAGUCCGAGAGAGUGACAGAACUCAAAACUGCCUCAGGAGGGCGCUUACCAGCAGGCACACUCAUGUUGGGAGCUGAAGGGAUCAAACAAGCGAUCCACAAUUUCGAAGAUGCUAGGAAGGUCGAUCUGCAGAAUGAGCACCUCCCUCCAUCUCACGAUGAGAUUGAGAGGCGAAGUGCUGAAGACAGAAAGCAAGCUUUGGAACGAGCGAAGAAUGAGGCAGACAAUGAUACCACUUUACAGGGUGUAGCCCGCAGAAUCAGCGUAUCCAGCGGACAGCCGUUCCCAAUGUCAUCUCAUGCUAUUAUUGCGCCAACAGACACUCCAAAACGGGUGCGACAUUCCUUCGACAAGAUUGUCGGACGGCUCAAUACACGAUGGAAUCUUGAGCUUCCCAGCAUUCAUGGAACUCAAGAGAGUGCGCUACAGCAAGCAGAUGUUCAGCACUCCCUAGCGAAACGAUGCUCCGGGCAAAUACGAUACCUCUGUUUCCGUGACUGCCAACUUGAUAAAGUCAUUCAUGAUUUUGAGGCUAGUGUUGCCCCAAUUUGCUCACAAUGGGUGUGGAAACCGUCACAAGAGGAAGGCACUCUGCCGGCAAUGCCCGUCACCAAGAGCUUCAUAUCCACGAGACCGGCUCUGCCACGAAAACACCGUCAAGAGCUUCUCCAGCGCCUUUGGGAGCUGCUGAACGAGGAGGUUACACUGGCUAGGGACUCUGAAGUCUAUAGGCGCACAUCGUUCACUGCAACAUGCGAUGCUGCCCGCAGCGUUCAGGGUAUUGUGGGCCAGGACAACACAACCAGUACGUCUCGUAUUGCAGCUCCAGAAGUUGCAAGGAGGCAAGUUGCUGGGACAGCGAUCGGCGACACUGAGAGCGGGAGGCCGCAGAAUAGACGUUCCCGGGAAGCGACAAAGCGAAAGUCCUCAGGGUCCGAAAAGUCAGAAAAGCGUUCAAAGAAGCAGAUGACGUUGUCUCAGAUGAAAACCUUUCGCCACCUUCGGAAGGAUAUCGAAAAUGCUGCAGAUCUUAUGCCACCGAUUAAACCACCCCUUGGCCCUCAGACUGUUUCAAACGCCCAGAGCUUUUACUCUACGACGACAUCUAACGUUCCGUCAGAGAUUUUUACGCCUGCAGCGACUGGCUUAACUGCUCCUUCAGCUUCAGCAGCAACGUCUUUGCAGGAAGAGGCCAAGAAUUCGAGUCCAGAUCUCUUUCCAACCCAAGACGUGAUGGCGCUUGAUGCAGAUGAGGAUUUCACGACAUCGUUCAACAUGCUUUGCGAGCCGACCAAAGCAGACAAGAUAUUUGACGAGCUCUGUGAGAAGACUCCUUUCAAGAACGCUGAUUUGGCACUCUCUCACAAGCUGUCUUUCCGACAUCGUUAUGAGUUAGAGCGUGUGGCCGAUGCUUUACACACAACUCCGAAGGAGCUUUUGAAGGACCUUGGCCGGAAAGGAAUCAGCUCGACCAACGAUUACGAUGCCUUUUUGGGGGCCUGUCGGACGGUUGCAAAAGAACGAGGCCAUCGCUUACCCGGGAGAUCGUCAUCCUCCGCCUGGAACAGCGCCUCUGAUUCUUUCUUUGAAACCGAGUCAAGGAAGAAAUCCGUCUAUCUGGCAGGCGCAUUAAGCUACAGAUCAAAAGCGGAUGAUGGGCUCUAUGAGCUUAAGUUAAAACCGCUUAAUCUCGACACCAGCUGUCGAUUUCAUCGCCAAUACGGUCCUUCACGGUUCAUGGUGCUCUCCCUGCCUUCCUUAGCCACUAAUCUUCCAACGAAAUACAAAGAAGACGCUAGAUCAGGUGUACUUACGGAGAGCGUUGCAAGAUGGCUGGCAACAGCCCACGAAUUCUUAGGCCGAAAGUGGCGCGCAUUCUUUUUAGAGGCAGAUAAGAAGAAGACAAAAAUCAUGGGCCAAGUACCAGGCUAUAAAGUCCAUCUUUUUGCGGUCUGUGGUGAAGACCUACCCACAGAAAGUGUAAUUGCAGUGGAGCACUUUCUCAAUUGGCAUAUUCCCAUAGACUAUAAUCUCCAAUCCACUAAUCUGAAACUUUUCCAGCGGUUCUCUUUAGGAUUGUCCAAGACGAUCCCGACAAUUGUUCUGGAGGCCUCCGAAUUUAUUCGGCUGGCCGACCCGACCAACCAUGCAGUCAUGAACGAUGGUUGUGCAAGGAUGUCAAUGUCUCUUGCGAAAGAGGUAGCCAAACACAUUGGCUUAAGCGAGGUCCCGAGCGUAUUUCAAGCGAGAAUAGCCGGCGCCAAAGGGCUGUGGAUGGUUGUCCCUGAUGAUGAAUUUGAUGAAAUGGGCAGAAGGAACUACUGCAUCGAGAUUGCUGACAGUCAGCUUAAAAUCAAACCACAUCCAAAGGAUCAUUCAAUUGCUGAUGAGGCGCGACGCACCUUCGAGGUUAUAAAAUAUUCUGUACCUGGAAAGGCGGCUGCCUUGAAUACUCAAUUGUUAACGAUUUUACAUGACCGUGGAGUCGACCGCAAAAUUCUGGCCGACCUUCUUUUGCAAGACAUCGGCACGUUUCAUAAUGAUCUCGAGCUUUCUAUGCGCUCGCCUCUGCGAUUGCGUUCGUGGGUGCAAUCGAGUGGGCUGUAUUCAAGAGGCGAAGAGGAAAUCAGAAUGACUGGUUCUUGGCCAGACGAAUCCGAAGAGCAGACGAUCAUGCUGAUAGAAAGUGGAUUCACUCCGGACACCUCCCCUACCCUUCGAGAGUGUCUCCGUUCCAUUCUCGUGAAGUAUCUGAACCGAUAUGUCGAGCGACUUCAGAUUCGCAUUUCCUGUAGCACAUUUCUGUUUUGUAUCGCUGAUCCGUACGGGGUACUCGAGCCAAAUGAGGUCCACCUCAGCUUUUCUGAAGUAUGGAAAGACUCCGUUUCAGGGUUCAAAGAGAGCUUCGUGGAUGGACGAGAUAUCCUUGUUGCCAGACUGCCGGCAUUGCUUCCCUCUGAUAUCCAGCGAAGACAAGCCGUAUGGAAGAGGGAGCUUCACCAUUUCAAGGAUGUCAUCGUCUUCUCGACAAAAGGAGAUAUACCACUAGCUCAUAUGCUAAGUGGUGGAGACUACGAUGGCGACACUCCCUGGAUAUGUUGGGAUCCUGAUGUCGUCAAGUGCUUUGAAAAUGCUGGUCUGCCAGACAUGCCCAGCAAGGAAGAUUGCGGACUUGUGCAGCAGAAUCGUAAAGUCAAAGAUAUUUUCACAGGAGACACAUCUAGGAGACAGCUCGCAUCACAGACGGAGAGCUUCUUCGCCGGCUGUUUUGCAUUUAACCUGAACCCAUCCUACCUUGGUCAGUGCACACACGAACACGAAAAGGUGGUGUACUUCGACGGCAGCUUGACCGCCCCGAAUGCUAUCAAGUUAGCCACUCUGUCCGGCUACCUUGUGGACAGCGCGAAGCAGGGGGAUAUGCUUUCACAAGUCGCUUGGCAAAAGCUUCGGAAACAAGUGAGCCCGCGCAUUCGUGAUGCGCCUGCCUACAAAAAUGAUAACUGUGAAGGUCACAAGCGCGAGUCGAACAUUGUCGACUAUCUGAAAUUCUGGCAAGCGGUUCCUGAGAAGGAGAGAAUCCUAACACAAUUCAACAACCACUGGCGCCAGGAGCAUGCGAAGGAUUCGGCGCUCUGUCAACCAUGGAGCUCAAUGCGGAAUUUUGGGAACAGCAAGGAGUCAUCAGCCGAGCUAGCUAAGACUCUGGAACAGUUGAAAAAAGAUAUCCAGCAGAUGGCUGAAGACUAUCUUCGCCAGCAACCGAAAGAAGGCAAUUGGGCUACUGGGCAGUUCCGGCAGUUGGUCGAGAGCUUCCACCAUCACUUUCGUUCAAUCAAACCUUCAGGAGCGCAUCACGAAUAUUCCCAUCUAUGGACGUAUGAAGACAACAGAAGACUCGGUCAUUGGUCACUGCUUCGCGCAUCAUGUCUUUACAACGAAUUUUCAAAGAGAAGAUCGGUCUGGUACUUGGCUGGCGAAGAGCUGUGCUGCAUCAAAGCACAUUCAUGUCCUGCUGGCUUCCGAAAUGUGCUCAAGGAUGUCUAUUCUGUCCUGAAGUGCGACACAAAGAUCGCCAAAAGGGUACGGCAAAGGCUGGACGAGGUGGAAAUUGAGGAGGAGACUUUUGGUUGGGAAGAUAUGGAUAAGGUACUACAAAACGAAUGA